ACUGACUUUUGUUGUGAACAGACUUUUCUGAACCCAUCGGGAAGGUCCUCUCUCUCGCGGCCAAUCGAUUUUGGAAGUUAAUAAAAUUCUAGCAAAAAAAAUUUGCUGAAAAGUGUACAAGUUUCGCCAAGUUUUCCUGUCUACGUUUAUGGUAUUAUAUGCCCGUUUUGUUUCUUUUUCUUUAGUUUCUAUUAACAGUGCUAGUUGAAAUUGUUCCGUAAAUGAAAAAAUUGCAGAAUUUUUCUAUCUGCAUUCGCAUGGUGUGCUAAGAGUGCGUAUUUGUGGUUAAUUUUUUGUCAAGCCUUUUUUUUGCGAUCCAUCUUUCAAGUGAAUACUACAACGUGUAAAAAGAGGUACAGAUAAGAAAGCCGGGAACAACGUUGGAAUUAUGGCGGAGAACGAAGAUUUAAGUAGCAGUAAUAGCAGUAGUAGCAGCAGUAGGGAGGAUAUGCACUUUUUUGAAGGAGUCGAGAAGCUGCUGGAGAUCUGGUUUGAAUCGAACUCAUCUGACAAAAAUGCCGAUCUGAGGAAGAUCCCAAGGUCCAUGUGGGAUGCACUUUUGAAAACGGUCCGAUGUGAAAUAAUCAGUUUCACUAGAAACGAACAAAUUGAUGCGUAUGUGCUAAGCGAGAGCAGCAUGUUCGUAUCGAAGCGUCGUUGGAUCUUGAAAACGUGCGGCACGACGACGCCACUACAGUGUCUGGAGCCGUUGCUGCGUCUCGCGUCGGAGAUUGCCGGCUACAGCGAGAUAGCGGAUCUGUUCUACUCGCGCAAGAACUUUAAACGACCGGAGCUGCAGGUCUCUCCUCAUCGAGGCUUCGAUGAAGAGGUGGCCUUUUUGGAUUCAUUUUUCGAGGAUGGGCGUGCCUAUAGUCUGGGUGCGAUUAAUCGUGACUGCUGGUAUCUCUACAUGUUGAGCCGCGGGGGAGGGGGCUCCGCCAAUAAGCAAUUUUUGAAUAAUAUGAAAAAUAAUAAUAACAAUAUGAUGAAUCAUUGCAAAAGCAAUAUGAUUAGCAACACUAUCCAAGCAACAAAUGUCGCGCUGACUCCGUUGGCUGACUUGAAUCUGCUUGAAUCUCUGCAGUUGCCUGAUCCAGAUCAGACCAUCGAGAUACUGAUGACUCAUCUGGACCCGAAUGUAAUGGCAAUCUUUACCAAGGACAUGUGUAAUAGUGCCAUGGAGGCAACGCAGAAAUCUGGAAUUCACAAGCUGAUUCCUGGAAUGGUCAUCGACGAUUAUCUUUUUGAUCCUUGUGGAUAUUCAAUGAAUGGAGUGUCCAAGAAUUGCGGAAAAAAUUAUAAGCAGGGAUGCUACAUGACGAUCCACAUAACACCGGAGCCGGACUUCUCAUACGUUAGCUUCGAGAGUAAUGUCGCUUCUUCCAGCUACGGUGAUUUGAUUGCACGUGUGAUUGAUACUUUUCAACCAGGAAAAUUUGUUGUAACUGUUUUCGCUAAUAAGACUUCGCCAGCCGCCAAUGCAUUCCGUGAGCUCGAGCAUCUGGGAACGAUCGAUCAGUGGAAGCGUCGCGACAUUCAAUUUUCUCGUUUUGCCAGUUACGAUUUGACUUACGCGCAAUACUGCAAAUACCCGAGCUGAGGUUUACCGUGCUUAGCCCCUGAAGGGGCUAAUCCCACAUCUACCCCCUCCCCCUUGCUACCGUUAACUUCCCCGAUAAAAUCUUCCAUUUCCUCCGUUUUCAUUAAUCGUCCUUCUCCGUUCUCCUGUUUGUCCUCUUCCAUUGCUUUGUUCCGUUUGUUCUUCAACAUUUUCCCGGUGCUGACCUCGCUGAAAUAUGCCAAGCGUUUGUGCUUUGGUGUUGUCGAUGAAGAAUUUAAUAAUAAUAAUAACAAUAAUAAUGGCCAAUUGGAUGACAUUGGGAAAUUAGAUAACGUUAUCGGUAAAUCCAAGAAGCGAUACUUCGAACAAUGGAGCACUGAAGACGAGCAUGACAACUUCGAAAAAGUCUAUAACCAAUUCAGAAAAUUGAUUGAUCUACCAACGGUUCUCUUUACAAUUAUUCUCAUUCAACUGAUUUCCUUCGUGCUGGUCCUGAACAUUGAAGAGUGCUCGCCGCUAGUCUUAUUUUCCUGGUGGCGCAACAAGAUAUCCUGAAAUUGACUACCACGUGGCAAACGAGCGGCCAGAAGUAACAGCACAUUCAGCUGUCGUCUUUUGUACUAUCCGUUCUGAUGCCUUUCCUGAUGUUCAUCCUUGUCGUUACUGUUAUUAUUUUGAUAAUAAUACAUUAUCGAUCACGAUGCGUUUUCGAUUCGCUCUGCCGUUGCGGAGCAAAGUUUUUAGUGACGAUUUAUCUGGUCCACGCAGUGGCAAUUUUUGGUUUCACAACAACCAAACAGCAGCAACCGGUGGCCAAAUACUACUGGCUAUCAUCAUAAUCGUUGCAGUAACCGUUUGCGACUCAUGUACGUCACUUUUAUCACCAUCGUUAAUUUCCUUCAAUACCAGCAAAAUAAUUAGCGGUGACUCGAUUCGCAGCCGGAACACAGUUUUAAAGAAAGAUUUAAGUAAAAACAGAAAAUCAGUAAUCACUGGUGGCAUUGGUGACUGUCGGUGGAGCGCACUUUCUCUCGAGCAAUUUAUCUACAAUCAACAGCUAGUAGCAGAUGUCGUCGUCAUACAAUAUAACCAGCACCACCGAGAGAAGCACCGCCGAAGUAGCACACUUUUUAGCACUUUAUACAUCAAAUUGGCAAACAAAAACGGUGUCAACUAUUCGCUAAAUGUCGUAGAGUUCAAUUUUAUCGUUAGGAUUGCCAUCUACAAAAUGGUUCUAGUUGAUAAUAUAAUAUUUUCCUAUCUAAUAUCAUUGGAUUUAUACUCGUAGCAAUGAAAUUCACGUUUAAUCAAUAACUUUCAAUAAGCAUAUAUGAUAACCAUUCAAAUGAAAAGCAUUUUAACAACAACAAAAAAGAAUGUCAACUAUAAUAGAAAUCAAAGGUCAACAAAAUAUUUACUUAUCACUCCUUUACCAUACAAAAACAAACAUCUCCAAACAGAAAUGAAAAUUCUUUUAUUUUUUGAAAAUGGCUGAAAUCAGCAUUAACUGUCUCGUGAAAUAUAGAAGAGUAUAAUGCAGAAAUUGCAAAGCAAAUGAAUUUAAAAAAAGAUUACAAUUACUGUUAUAAACAACAAAUUAUAAUUCUAGAAUAACAAGCAAAGCAACAAAUACCUAAACGGACAAGAGUAUAAAUCUAACCUAGUUAAUAAGAUUACUGCAGCCAUGAUGUAACAGAAAUGCGAUAUGAAAAAAAUGAGGGUCUAAAGAGAAAUUAAACGCAUAAGAUUGAGUACAUUGCUGAUGAAAAAAAAUUAAGGGCAAAAUACUGAUAGGUAAUUAUGUAAUGAAAUGUUUAUUUGAUCAUUGAAUCUGUUACAUAGUAGUAUCUAAAUAAACAGGAAAAUAAAGCAAAGCUAAACAGUUCAAUUCCUGCUUUCUAUUUCUCAUUAAACAUUAAGAGUGGUCUGUUAGACGAUUUGGCAUGAUUUGACAAUUGUGCAAAGUAUGGUGCAAUGGUUCGAUUAGCGAACUGUGUCGUUUCUGAGAGCAGUGAUAAAUACGUCGAAUCGUUAAAGAAAUGAUUCGAGUUUGCUUUAUGCUUAGAAUAUUUGACAUUCAUUUGAAAUAUAUAAUUUUCAAAUUCCGUGAAGGCCAGUUAUGAUUAGGUGCUAAGUGAUGUUUUUUAAUUGCAUCGGAAAAUCCAUGUUUAUUACAUUUAUUUCAAUAAAGCUAUUUAAGUUGGUGAGCGGGUCA